AACUCCACUUCACAACCUCAUCAACACAUCGCAGCUCGCCAGCCUAAUCGCCGGCGCGUUCUUCCAAUCAAAAGUGAGAUCACCAACAACACCACAUCACAUACUCUCCGUCUCCCAUGAGCGUCUCGGCUUUCCCUCAAGCCGACGCCGACUUUGAGUCCUUCAUCGAUGAAGAUGCUGUCGGAGACUCGUCAUCAACGCCCUCGGAGGCUGCGACGACAUCCUUCACCUCGUCUGUCGAGAGUGGUAUCCACCAAACCAUGUCCCUGCCCAACACCCCAAAGCUUGCUUCGGGUUUGAGCUUAUCGCAGCCCAUGGGAUCGUCCCUCCACAACCUUAGCUUCGAUUGGGAGGACGAGCAGCAGCAUCGCGGAUCAGGCCUCGACGCGUCCCUCGUCCCUUCGCAAUCGGCUUGGCGCAAACCUCUCGACGACAGCUUCAAUCUGCCUGCUCAACCUCAUCACGCUGGAGCUCACCAGCGAUCCAUGUCAUUGAGCAUGCACGAUGUUGCGCCUCAGUUUCUCGACGACCUUCGGGCUCAACAGCCUGCGCCCUUCUUCCCAGCUUACCCUCAUCAGCCCUUCGUCAAAAUGGAGCCCGAUACCUACGGCCAUCCUUUCCCCGCGAUGAAUGCGAACUUGCCUGCUGAGAUGGGUCCCGCUCUUGCGCCCCCUCUAGUGCCAGCUCCUGCAUCUGCACCUGAUGCCAUGGAGACGGACGGCACCACGCCUCCACAGGAGAAGAAGCGUAAAAUCGAUCCUGUGCCCAAGCCAAAGAAGGCGUCGAAGAAGAAGAGCACGGCUGCCGCCACUGCUGCUGCUGCCACCGCCGCUGCCGCUAAUUCCAGUGGCCCUGUCGACGCAGCCAACAACAAGUCGGAGCCAGCUACAACCACUACCGACGGCAACAAUACGGCCGAGCCUGCGCAGAAAGAAGAGGCGUCUACGGACAGCACCAGCAACGAGGCAGACACUACCGCUGCAGAUGCGUCAGUCGCCUCCGCAGAGGACGGCGCAGCCCACUCCUCUGCCACCGACGGCGCUGCUUCUCCAGAGCGAGCAUCAUCACCCACCUCUGGUCGCAAGCCGGCUGCCAAGUCGAAGAAACCUCCUCCGUCAGCCAGUCAAGUCACCGAGUCUGGAAAGCCGUUCCCAGUCAUCGACACUUCUGCGACUCACUCGAGCCUCUUCAUCCCUCCUGACACAUCUGGACUCACCAAGCGCGAGGCUCGACUAGUCAAGAACCGCGCCGCUGCCUUCCUCUCACGCCAGCGCAAGCGUGAGCAAUUCGAGAUGCUCGAGAAGCAAUGCAAGAGCAUCUGUCGGUUGACGUGGAAGAUGUGGGAGUCGAUCGCUGGAACAGAGGCUGGCGUAGACCGUAUUGACGAGUCGGCCAUGGCUGCUAUCCUCACGGGCGAGUGCCCCGACGUGCGCGACUGCCUUGAGCAGAUCAUCAACAACAAGGGAGCGUCCAUCGCGCCUACGGAGGAGUCCAUCGCCAACGGCACGCACAGCACCCUUAGCGACAGCUCGCGCCAAAAUGCCGAGUCUCGCUCCUCGCCCGCCGCCAGUACCAAGAGCGGCGGCGGUGCAGGGUCCAAGCGCGAGCGGGAGGAGGGCAACUCGACUUCAGAGCAGCAGACAACCAUCGACCAGCUGCGAGCCCAGCUUCAGGCUGCCGAGCAGCGCGAGUCUGCCUUGCAGGCCGCUCUUGUUGAAGCUCGAGCCCAUGUACCCCCGCCUGUGCCCUUCGGCCCAGCUCCGUACCCUGGAAUGGCACCACCGCCGCACGGCAUGCCCUCGUUCGGGCCUCACGAGCCGCAAGAUGCUCUUUACUAUCCCUGGGCGGCUCAUCAUCCGCAGCAGCGCAUCUUUCGCGACAACAGCGGCCUCUCGCUAACCGUUGCGCCUCAGAUGUCAGCAAAGGACGUCGACAUGGCCUCAACUCCCACAGUGGAGCAGGGGCCGCUGACGGAGCAGGCUGCUGCUGCUGCUGCUAGCUCUGCCCCUGCCUCCAUGAGAGUCAAUCCCGGUCCUGCGCCGGAGAGCAGCCAAUCAACAUCCUCCGCAUCCUCUUCGGCCGCUGUUGCCGCUCCUGCUUCAGCAUCCUCGAAGAAGACGACAGGCAGCAUGGCCUUGAUGGCAUUGCUGGCUGGCUUUGCAUUGUUCGGAUCGGGAGGAGUGCAAUCGGCCGAUGCUCCACGCAUGGGCAUCACAAGACUGGGGCCGAUGAGCGGGUGCGUUACGGCGAGGAGGCAGAGGGGAAGGCAUGCUUGAAGCAACGAAUACUGAUCUGACUCCUCCCCGUCUACUCUUCUCCUGCUUGCAGAGCCAGCGCAUCCAUCGGCUCUCUAUUCGACCCCC